CCCAAAGUACCGGAAGUACUUCUGUGUGGCACCCAGCGGAAAUAAACAACGUACCUGAUCGACUCUGUCGGCCGGCGUCCGCUUAAAGCAUCAAAGCAACGAUGGCGUCUGUUCAGUAUCUAAGGCACUUUGUAAACGAGCGACUCACUGCUGCCGCUGAGGAAAUAUUCGGCGUCUUCGAAAGAACUCUCGCCGAGUACCAGGAAGAGCUUCAGCGUCAGCGUCGAAUGGUGGAUACCCUCAGUGGCCCUCAAAUCAAGUUACACAGGAUUGAGAUCCAACAUGAGGACAUUGAGCAGAUUUGCACUGAGAAGCUGCUUUAUAAGCAAGAGGCCGACACAUGUGCGGACCAAAGUGAACCAGACCCUGUACUGGAUGGGGUUUCCAGGCAUGAAUUACAUUUAGAAAUACAACACGUGGACAAGGAGCCACAGUUUCUUCGUGACCAGCAGCUUUGUUGGCAAGAGCAAAAUUCAUUUGUGGACCAAGAGGAGCCAGAGCAUCCGCAGAUUAAAGAGGAACCCGGAACCAGUCACGACGGAGAACUGAAUACUUCCUCAUCUGUUCCAGUCGUUGACGACCAUUACAGCAGAGGGGAUGCCGUCCUGUACUCGAGUCCCAUUGAAAGUCCGUCAGAGGACGCGAGCGUACACACCGAGACGAGCCGAAAGUCUUUCAGGUGCGACUACUGCGGCAAAGCGUUUGGUUUCAGGUGCAAGCUGAAAAGACACAUGAUGACCCACACGGGAGUGAAGCCCUACUCUUGCAAGACAUGCGGCAAGGGAUUUAACCAGACGUCCAACCUGAAAAGACACUUAAUGAUCCACACCGACGAGAAGCCGUACGCUUGCAAAACGUGCGGGAAGCAAUUCAGGAACACGCACGAAGUCAUCACGCACGCCAGAACUCACACGGGCGAAAAGCCGUACCCCUGCAGCACGUGCGGGAAAAGGUUCACGCAGCUCUCUAUCCUCAAGAGACACGUCAUGGUCCACACCGGGGAGAAGCCGUUCCUCUGCAACACGUGCGGCAGAAGCUUCGGCGACCUGUCGGUGCUGAAAAGGCACGUGAUGGUGCACACGGGAGAGAAGCCGUAUGCGUGCGACGUCUGCGGGAGAAGGUUCCGCGCCAACAGCAACUUGAGCAUCCACAGGAGGAGGGUGCACGCGGCGGGGCGUUCUCUCGAGGCCGCGUGCUUUGAUAAAACAAACCCAAGCCAAAACGUUAGCCAUCACAAAUCCUCUUGCUUAGGCAAAACAUCAGUCCCGUUUACCAUGUCGGUGACGCAAUCGACCACGUCCAAAUUCCACCACUUGAGGACGUUCGUCAACGAGCGACUGACUGCCGCCGCCGAAGAAAUAUUUGGUGUUUUUGAGAAAACAAUCGUCGCCUACGAAGAAGAGAUGGACCGUCAGCGCAAGCUUCUGGACGUGGUCUGCAAACCCGCCGGUCAUUCACACAUAACAGAGUCCCUAGAGGGAAGAUUGUGCACCCAGGAGAGCAUCACCAGUGUGGAGCAGGAGCAGCAAGAGCUUUCGCACAUUAAAGUGAAACAAGAGGAGCAUUUCUCCAACUGUGCGGUCUGGCCUCUGGGUUUGAACUGUGAUCAGAAUGAAAGCGAAGCGGAUAAAGAAGCCACCAAUGAUGUGGAAAAUAGCGACUUUGACACCUUGGAGCUGAGCAACGAUAAUCAAAUCGUCUUCCGUGGCUAUUAUCCAGAAAACAGCCAAGAAUACCUAAACGCAAACAUAGCAUCUACAUCCACUCGGAAUAUCAAGACGGAACAUCACGACCAGGAGGACAGGACGUAUAACAUGGAGAACGCCAUGUCAGCCAUCAACUCUCAGGUGCAACUCUUUGAGCAGCCUUUUCACGGCAGUGUCUUUCACACCGACUCGGACGUGUACGCGCAGGCCAAGCCUUUCGUUUGCGACGUCUGCGGAAAGGGAUUCGGCUUCAAGCGUUACCUGGCGCAGCACAUGAUCACCCACUCGGCGGAGAAGCCGUACUCUUGCGGCAGGUGUCGCAAGACCUUCCGGCGCAUGCAAGGGCUGCAGAUACACAUGCGGUGUCACACGGGCGAGAAGCCGUAUUUCUGCAAAACCUGCGGGAAGAGAUUCUGCCAGAGCUCCUCGCUCAGGGUUCAUCUGAGAGUUCACACGGGCGAGAAACCGUACUCGUGCACCACGUGCGGGAUCGGAUUCAGUAGCCUGCCGGUGCUGAGGAACCACGUGGUGAGGGUGCACGAAGGCAACAUGCUGUACGUCGCCUCGUCCGGGGAGAGGAACUCUGUUGUGUGGCCCAAUUAUCAACACAUUUCUGCAUGGUUUGCAUCGGCGGAGAAGCCGUACUCUUGCGGCAGGUGUCGCAAGACCUUCCGGCGCAUGCAAGGGCUGCAGAUACACAUGCGGUGUCACACGGGCGAGAAGCCGUAUUUCUGCAAAACCUGCGGGAAGAGAUUCUGCCAGAGCUCCUCGCUCAGGGUUCAUCUGAGAGUUCACACGGGCGAGAAACCGUACUCGUGCACCACGUGCGGGAUCGGAUUCAGUAGCCUGCCGGUGCUGAGGAACCACGUGGUGAGGGUGCACGAAGGCAACAUGCUGUACGUCGCCUCGUCCGGGGAGAGGAACUCUGUUGUGUGGCCCAAUUGAAGUGUCGUAACACAUUUGACACCUGUUAAUGUUUGGUAGUAUUUUUAUACAGGUACAUCUGGUGCAAAAGUAGCCUGUAACUGUAGAAAAUAAUGUUACACAUGAUGCAAAAUUAACCAAAUGAACCAAUGAGAAUGAGCUAAAAAUUAUUUUUGCUAAAACUACAGUUAUUUUGUACAAGUUACUUUUGCACCAAAUUUACCCCCUGGACUCAAGACAAAAAUUGUCUUUGCAAUAAUAUGUUCUAUGUGCCCGCACUCGUCGAAACUAGCCUGAUGAACAUUGCGUUAGUGGAAUAAGAAUGAAGUCGAAAAAUCCACCAGAUUUUAUCCAUCUCAGGUGCUGCCAUUUUGUCUUGAAUUGCCCCCUGCUGUCGAUUAAAAUUGACAUCAAAAUGCCCUCGGGUUUGCAUUGUGAACGUCACAUGACCAAACACAGAAAACGAGUGAAUGGUGCGUCAGCAAGCUUGGCGUUGAUAGAACACAUGAUUAUAAAGACCAUUUUUGACUUGGCUUCCCCUUUUAAGCAAGCUUGACUUUGUCAAAGAGUGGCACUCUUGAAUUUCAGAAAUAGGCUAAAACUAACAAAUGGGAGCAGAAAAAAGACGUCAAUAGGUGAAUUUGUUCCUCGUCAGCUGGCAUCAUGUAGGGGAUUACUUUGGGUGACUUUUUUUUUAGGCAUUUUCUGCACCCCGCCCCACAAAUACAAUAAUCCAGAAAGUAUAUACUGUGUUGUAUAUUUAUUUUCAGGGCAGCACGAUGUGGUAGUGUUUGAGUCUCAGCCCCGGCUUUCCAAUGUGAUGAUUGCAUGUUCUGUCUUUUUUUUCCCCUCUUCAGAUCGUCAGACUUUCUCCCACAUUCCCAAAAUGUGCGUGUUAGAUUAAUAGA